AUGGCGGCCAAUAGGGUCAACCAAGAACCAGAAACGAGCUAAAAGACACCGUAGCUUCUUAUCUCAUCUUCUUCUUCUUCCUCUUCCAUCAACGCAAACACAGAGAAGAGGAGACAAAUUCCCAGAAAACCCCAUAAAGAAGGAAAAAUCUUUGAGGGCAGAAGCCAUGGAGAUCUCUUCAUCUCUAACUCUCCCUCUCUCCUCUUCCCUUCCCAGGCUACCCUCCCUCCCUUUCUCUGCUUCCCGUUCCACCUUCUUCACUAGCACUUCCUCCCUAUCCCUCUCCGACAAAAUCAAGACAACUGCCCGGUGUAGUGUCGGUAAGAGUUCGUUGGUUAUCGGGGAUUCGGGGAGCAGGGCCAACAGGGCAAGGAGGGGUUUGAGUUGCAAUGCCCUGUUCGGGCUCGGCGUGCCUGAGCUGGUCGUGAUAGCCGGCGUCGCUGCUCUGGUUUUUGGGCCCAAGAAGCUGCCUGAAGUUGGGAAGAGUAUCGGCAAGACUGUGAAGAGUUUUCAACAGGCAGCUAAAGAAUUUGAGUCCGAGCUUAAGAAAGAGCCUGAUUCCACAUCUGAGGCCUCUACUACUGAGCCAAAAGCAGUCAGCGAGGAGAAAGAAGAGGACCCAGUCUCUAGUUCAAAGGAGAGUGCUUGACACUCUGGAGAUUCAUCUCGUUGUGAGAGCCAGCAAAAUGCUGAGUCCGGUGAAUAUAGAACAAGUUAGUUGAGUUUAAAAUUGUAGCCCCAUUGUAUGAGAUAUUUCACCUUUCAAGAGAGAGAUUAUUGCUAUAUUCAUUUGUCUUCGAUUCAUGCUUUUAUCACGCCUUCACCAUUUCCUCA